CCAAUCAACACAGAGCUGCCCUAACACAGAUUUGUAAGAUGGCGACCGCCGAACCGGAAACCAACCCAAGUCCACCUCAGCCUGAUGAAGAUGGAGCUGAGGAGACUGGACAGGAGAUUGUGAGCCCAGAGGCCUACAUCAAACACCCCCUCCAGAACAAAUGGUCUCUCUGGUUCUUCAAGAAUGACAAGAGCAAAACAUGGCAGGCCAACCUGCGACUCAUCUCCAAAUUUGACACGGUUGAAGAUUUCUGGGCCCUCUACAACCAUAUCCAGUUGUCAAGCAACCUCAUGUCAGGCUGCGAUUACUCUCUUUUCAAGGACGGCAUCGAACCCAUGUGGGAGGAUGAGAGGAACAAGCGUGGCGGACGCUGGCUGAUCACACUCAACAAGCAGCAGAGGAGAUCAGACCUGGACCGCUUCUGGCUGGAAACUCUCCUGUGCUUAGUUGGAGAGGCCUUUGACGACUACAGCGACCAAGUCUGUGGCGCCGUGGUCAACAUCCGCACAAAAGGAGACAAAAUAGCUGUCUGGACGUCAGACUACGAGAACCGGGAAGCUGUAACACACAUAGGGAAAGUUUACAAGGAGCGUUUGGGCCUUCCCUUGAAGAUGACCAUCGGCUACCAAUCUCACGCAGACACAGCUACCAAAAGCGGUUCAACCACCAAGAACAAAUUUGUCGUUUGAGAAAUACCCCUAUGUGCCUCUUUCAUCCUCUUGUCUUAUUUGUUGUUGGUGCGUAUGUUUACUUUGCUGCAAAGACACUGCGGAACGCAUUCGGGAAGACAAACCUAAUCCAAGACUACAUGCCAAAUGUUUCCAUAACCUACCCAGGACUUGAACUACAGGGAAAACCCCACGAAAAACACUAACAAUGAGAGGUAUUAAUAGUGGUUGAUAUUUAGAGUGUUCAUACUCUACUAAAGAAAUUUGUGUUAAUUUCUUUUCUUUUUUUUUCUUUUUUAAUGGCAAGCAAUCCUGAAAUGCAAAAACAAUGUAUAUUUCCCAUUUUCUACAGCAUCGUUUGUUUGCUGUAAUCCUUAAUGAAAGUAAACCCCUUUUAAUUUAUUAUAUUAAUUAGCCUGCAUAUAUAUUAGAUUGCUAGGCCUUUAUUUUAUGCUGCUUCUUUCUUUUUUUUUUGCCUUGAACUGUUGCACGUAAUCAGCCUUUUUAAAGUAUUUCAUGACUCAUAUUAAUUUGAGUGUUAAUAUAAUUAAAACAUUGGUUUUGCAAUUA